AUGCUCCCAUGGGCGGUCACCGCGUCACCACCCAGCACUGCAGCCGCCGUCUCAUUUGCUCCUCCCCUCCGCGCCGCGGCACCCCGCCCUCCACCGCCUCUCUGCCGCCCGCUUCCGCGGCUGCUGUGCGCGGGCCUCACCCCCCCGCCGCGCGCCGCCUCUCCCGACGGCGACGUCUUCUGGGAGGAGCCAGACGACGGCUCCGGGAGCGACUACGAGGACGACGGCCCGGAGCAAAGGAGGGCCUCGCGUUUCCCGUCUUACUCGCCGUCCUCCAGGCUCGAGGCGGCGGCGCAGCAAGAACAGGACCUCCGGAGAGAAAUCGAGAUUCUCCUAACGCCUGAAGAAAAGGCUAUCUUGGAUCAGCACGAGACCCCUGACGUCACUAGAAUAUCAUCACCGAAAUGGCAUCCACUUCAUAGUUACGCGUUGGCACUGCAGAUACCCCUCAUGGACAAGCUUCUGGACAGUGGUGUUGACAUCAACUUACUUGAUCAAGAUGGCUUCACCCCUCUUCACAAGGCGGUCAUAGGAAAAAAAGAGGCUGUCAUUAGCCAUCUCCUGAGGAAAGGGGCAAAUCCCCAUGUUAGAGAUAGGGAUGGAGCCACACCAUUACAUUAUGCUGUUCAAUCUGGUGCCCUGCAAACCGUGAAGUUACUGAUUAAGUACAAGGUUGAUGUCAAUGUUGCUGAUAAUGAUGGAUGGACACCACUCCAUUUAGCCAUACAGAGUAGAAAUAGAGAUAUAGCAAAGGUCUUGCUCGUCAAUGGUGCGGAUAAGACAAGAAGAACCAAGGAUGGGAGGACUGCACUGGAUCUAAGCUUAUGCUUUGGAAGGGAUUUCAAGUCAUAUGAUCUUGCAAAGCUUGUCAAACUUAUUCCAGCAAAUAGAGAGUGUGAUUUCGCUCUGCCACAGAUUUCAGGGAACAAAAGCCAAAAGUUAGCGAAUGCAGCCUCGUAUGAGCCAUGCAUAGCUUAUGAUGAAGGGUCCAGAUGCAGCUUAAAGAAACAAGAAAGGAAUUAUCGGUGCUGGUCAUCAGGCAGUUUUUCUUGA